GCUCAUGGGGCAGGGGAAGAGCGGCUUGCGGCACUGAGCGGAACCGGACUCGAGCCCGUGAUGUCCGGUACCAAACUGGAGGACUCCCCCCCUUGUCGCAACUGGUCAUCUGCUUCGGAGCUGAAUGAAACUCAAGAGCCUUUUUUAAACCCCACCGACUAUGACGACGAGGAAUUCCUGCGGUACCUGUGGAGGGAAUACCUACACCCGAAAGAAUAUGAGUGGGUCCUGAUCGCCGGCUACAUCAUCGUGUUCGUGGUGGCUCUCAUUGGGAACGUCCUGGUUUGUGUGGCAGUGUGGAAAAACCACCACAUGAGGACAGUAACCAACUACUUUAUAGUCAACCUUUCUCUGGCUGAUGUGCUCGUGACCAUUACCUGCCUCCCAGCCACAUUGGUUGUGGAUAUCACCGAGACCUGGUUCUUUGGACAGUCCCUCUGUAAAGUUAUUCCUUAUUUACAGACCGUGUCAGUGUCUGUGUCUGUUCUCACACUGAGCUGCAUUGCCUUGGAUCGAUGGUAUGCAAUCUGUCACCCUUUGAUGUUUAAGAGCACGGCCAAGAGGGCCAGGAAUAGCAUUGUCAUCAUCUGGAUUGUCUCCUGCAUUAUAAUGAUUCCUCAGGCCAUAGUCAUGGAAUGCAGCACCAUGCUCCCUGGCUUAGCCAAUAAAACCACUCUGUUUACUGUGUGUGAUGAGCGCUGGGGCGGUGAAAUUUACCCCAAGAUGUAUCACAUCUGUUUCUUCCUGGUCACGUAUAUGGCACCACUGUGCCUUAUGGUGUUGGCCUAUCUGCAAAUAUUUCGUAAACUCUGGUGUCGACAGAUCCCUGGAACAUCAUCUGUAGUUCAGAGAAAAUGGAAGCCCCUACAGCCUACUUCACAGCCUCGAGGGUCGGGACAGCAGACCAAGUCCAGGAUUAGUGCUGUGGCCGCUGAAAUAAAGCAGAUCCGAGCCAGACGGAAAACAGCCCGGAUGCUAAUGGUUGUGCUUUUGGUGUUUGCAAUUUGCUAUCUACCGAUUAGCAUCCUCAACGUGCUAAAGAGAGUAUUUGGGAUGUUUACCCACACAGAAGACAGAGAGACUGUAUAUGCCUGGUUUACAUUUUCACACUGGCUUGUAUAUGCCAAUAGUGCUGCGAACCCAAUUAUUUACAAUUUUCUCAGUGGAAAGUUUCGAGAGGAAUUUAAAGCUGCAUUUUCUUGCUGUUGCCUUGGAGUUCACCAUCGCCAGGAGGACCGACUCACCCGGGGCCGGACAAGCACAGAGAGCCGGAAGUCUUUGACCACCCAGAUCAGCAACUUUGACAACAUAUCAAAACUCUCCGAGCAAGUUGUCCUCACCAGCAUAAGCACACUCCCAACAGCCAAUGGAGCGGGGCCACUUCAAAACUGGUAUCUACAACGGGCACGAUCGUCAUCACUACUGUCAGCCUGGCCAAAGGUCUGA